GGGGACUGACCUUCUUUACGGAUUGGUUUCAACGAAAACAUUAGUUCAAUGCAUACUUCUGACUUGAAGAAGACAUGAAGGUGUCGAAUCGUUGUCUCGUGAAGUGUUAUUGCGCGGUUCGUACAGCUUAUUGGCGAGACUUUACCUAAUCAUAAUGAACCUAAUUUAGUACAUAAUUAACGUCGAUGAAAAUAUUAUUCUAUAAUUAAAAACCGAUAAAGAAAUUAUUUGUAUUAAUCGCGUUGUUCUCGCGGAAAUAUCGAGUCGUUUAUAUUUCUCUAUAGACAUAGGCGUUGUAAAAAAUGAUGUUUAAUAAAAUUAGUACGAGGUUUUUGAAAGAUGUUUACUUGGGAUUGUGUUUUGUUAUGCUGUUUAAUGCAUUCAAUGUACUGACGAGCGUACAAAAAACCAUCACAGCGAGUAUUGAAAAAGACAACCCAUCGGUUCAUCUAGACGGAUACAUUUCGCUGGGUAUCGUAUACACGACACUUUCCCUCGGUACUUGGUUGGCCCCCGGCAUCAUCGCAAAAACUGGUCCUAAAUAUGCUAUGAUAAUUGGCACUGUUUUUUAUUUAAUCUAUAUAGCGUCGUUUUACACCGAGCUAAGUUUCUGGAUAUAUUUGGGCGCAGCAUUAUGCGGAUUCGGAGCAUCGGUGUUAUGGACCGGACAAGCCAACUACACGGUUUUAAAUUCGAAAAUAGGAAAGGCGUACUCCAGCAUAGGAGUAUUCUGGAUCCUAUUCCAGUCCAGCCACUUUUUUGGAAACCUGAUUAUUUAUUUUCAAUUCAACGAUAUAGAUCAAGCGAUCGAUCGGCCACUGAGGGUAAGAAUCGUUCUGACGUUGGUUGGAUUUGUUGUUGUUGCCAUAAUAAUGAUGUUUGGUAUACGACCACCUUUACGAAACGAUGAAGAAGAAAAAACCGUUCGGUCGCCCGGCGAUGAGAUAAUUAAAUCUAGUAAAUUACUAACAACGCCGAAAAUGUUGCUGUUGGUGAUAACGAUGGUUCAUCUAGGUAUUCAUUUGACGUUCCUGAGCAUUCUCAGCGCCAGUAUGAGCUUUUCCAGAUACCUAUCAGCUAACUCAAAAGAACUAGCUCCACUCUGCGGUAUAUUUCAAGGAAUUGGCGAAAUACUUGGAGGAUUUUUAAGCAUAUUUGUCGGAGGAAAAAAAUUCUUCAAACUGAAACCUUUGAUUACCAUCGCUUUCUUUAGCAAUUUCUUAUGCUACAUAAUCGCAUUUUUAAUGCUGCCGAAUAACGCAGCUCGAUCGUAUACCGACGAUUUACCAAUAUUAUUGCUGCCCAACUGGUUACUCAUCUUCGGAGCUAUGUUAUCUGCCUUAGGAGAGGCUUGUUUACAAACAGAAGCAUUUGAUCAUUUAGGAGUUGUGUAUCCAAACGAUAGUGCUUCGGCUUACGCGGUCAUGAAAUUUAUAAAUAGUGUGACCACAGCCAUCAGUUUUUACUACGGAGAAUACUUCGGCUUAUAUACUCAACUGUUGAUUUUAGUAGUAUUCAAUUUCCUGUCUUGGAUAUCGUAUCAUUACCUACAAUGGAAAUACAUCCAACCUGAAUCCGCAAACAAUCAACUGGAAAUGAAUCAGAAAAAAUGAAUUAGGCCACGAAAUGAAUUUUGCUCGUGUGAUGAAGUAGAUAGGUACGUGGAAAAAACGUGAGAAAAGAGGAUAUGUUGAAAGAAUUGAAAGGAAAAAAAAACUGCUGUGAAAUUGUAAAUUUACCACAAUUUGUCUAGUCUCGAUAAUAAUUUAUCCAGGAUCGAAAAUAAGGAAAAUUGACGAACAAAUUAAAAAUAAAUGCCUUACAUUGUU